CAAAUUACAGUAAUUGGGUCCAAGGAACCAGGGUGGAGUUAAUUACAGAAAACCCACUGGAAGCUGUGGUGUGAGCUGGAAUUUGCAGGGAGAAGUGGCCUAGUUCGAAUGGAAUGCACAGGUGUGGUUCCUUCAGGGAAGCUCUUCUUCCUGCUUUAACCUUUCCACCUGGGAGUGUCCCCUAAACGCAUCCGAACUACAGGUCCAAACCCAAGAGAGCAAAGCCCAGAAAAAGGUCAAGAUGGGGUUUAUAUUUUCAAAAUCUAUGAAUGAAACCAUGAAAAAGCAACAAGAGCUUAUGCUAAUGAAUGCUCGACUUCAGCUGGAAAGGCAGCUGAUAAUGCAGAAUGAAAUGAGGGAAAGACAAAUGGCCAUGCAGGUUGCUUGGUCUCGGGAAUUCCUCAAAUAUUUUGGAACGUUUUUUGGCAUUGCAACCAUCUCCUUGACAGCGGGAGCAAUAAAAAGAAAGAAGCCAGCCUUCAUCCUCCCUAUUGUUCCAUUAAGCUUUAUCUUCUCCUACCAGUAUGACUUGGGCUAUGGAAACCUUUUACAAAGAAUGAAAAGUGAAGCUGAGGACAUACUGGAAAGAGAAAAGAGUAAGUUGCAGCUGCCAGGAGAAAUGAUCACUUUUGAAAGCCUUGAAAAAGCCAGAAGGGAACAGAGUAAAUUCUUCAUAGACAAAUGAAAUUAUGCUUACCCACCAAAUCUGAAAGCACGGAAUUAUUGGCUUGAAUCAUGGUUUUUAUAAUUUUUUAAAAUGUUUGAGAUUUUGAUAUAACAGAUUUUAUUUUAAGAUAUUAAAAUGCAACAUGUUUUGUUGAGCUAUUUAAAAAUAAAAUUUAUAACAUUCAACACAAAAUCAUGAAGUUAAUCCAAACAA